GGCGAGGGCGGGCGGCAGCACGGCCCGGGGAGGUCGGUCCUGGCGGGCGGUGCGAGCCGGGGGCGGGCUGCGUGGGAGGGCGCUCGGCGGAAGGGUCCUGCCUCGGCGGGGAGCGCUGGCGCCGCUGGCCGGGCGGUUCGGGUGUCCCUGUGGCGCAGGCUCGGCGGCGAGGCGGCGGAGCGCUGGGCCGAGCUGUCCCGAGGCGCCGCGGCGGUUCGGGCGAGGGCAGCGUCGGGCAGGAGCCGGUCAGAGGGGCACGCAGGCUCCCGUCGGCUUCUGGGGCGCUUCGGCCGUUGUUUGCAAGGGGAUCCUUCACGAGCCCUGAUGCGGAUGUGACUGCAGUGCCUGUUGCUUCUUUUCUCUUAAUGCUUUGCUGUUGCUGUGACAGUUAAGGACUUGUCGUGGUUUAACCACAGCCAGCAACUAAGCUCCGUACUGUCGAGAAGACUUUUAAAUAGACGCGGCUCCUAGGUCAGAAAUACCCUGCAACUUGAAUGCUAUGUGUAGCCUUGGUCAUCUCAUCUCAACAAUGGUACAAUAAAACAAGACAAAGUAUGUAGAGAAGAAGCAAGAGUGUUGAAAGCCUACUGUCCCGAUUACCAACACAGCUGGUGGCCAUAGACUUCUGGGGGAGCGGCUGGUGGCCACAUCUGCCACAGGAACAAGUAGAAAAAGUCAGAAGAAAUCACAGGUGAUGGCUUCUGAUGCUAGUCAUAUGCUGGAAGCAGCUUUGGAGCAGAUGGAUGACAUCAUUGCAGGUACAAAGUCAGCUACAGAGUAUGCUAAUGGUGGUUAUGAUAUUGUGUCACCUGCUCCAUCAGUAUACUUGGGCACAUUUCAAAUUUUGCAUCUGCUGGAAGAUCUAAAGAUGGCACUGGAAAUGCUAGAGGAUCCUCAAGAGAAAGAAGCAUUGCGAAAUCAAAUUCCAGGAGCCACAGCACUGUGUAUACGAGAGUGGCUUGGAGAGAAUCUGUCACAGGUGAAUCAUCAUUCAUCUAAUAAUGAAACUUAUCAAGAAAGAUUGGCACGAUUAGAAGGUGAUAAAGAGUCACUCAUACUGCAGGUGAGUGUUCUUACAGACCAGGUGGAAGCUCAAGGAGAGAAGAUCCGGGACUUAGAAAUCUGUCUUGAGGGGCAUCAGUUGAAACUGAAUGCUACAGAAGAAAUGCUUCAACAGGAGUUGCUAAGUCGAACAUCACUAGAGACUCAGAAAUUAGAUUUAAUGGCUGAAGUUUCAGACCUGAAGAUUAAGCUGGUUGGUAUGGAAAAGGAACAGAGUGAAUAUGAAGAGAAACAGAACAAAGCUGAGGGUUUGCUACAGGAACUUAAACACCUCAAAAUUAAAGUGGAAGAACUGGAAAAUGAAAGAAAUCAAUACGAAUGGAAAUUAAAAGCAACUAAAGCUGAGAUAGCCCAGCUUCAAGAGCAGUUAGCUCUCAAAGAUGCAGAAAUAGAACGCUUACAAAGUCAGCUAUCUCGGACCUCAUCACAUAGUGAAGUGGCAGAAAGAGUGGAAGAAGAAUCAAACCCUGUACAGAUUUUUUUCAGGCUACAUUUAAGGAAACCACUUAGACUAUAUUUGAAUGGAAACGAUCAAGAAGUUCAACGGUUGAAGAUAGGAAUGGAGUCAUUAUUGGCUGCAAAUGAAGAAAAGGACCGUCGAAUAGAGGAGUUAACACUACUGCUAAGCCAGUACAGGAGAGUCAAAGAGAUAGUGAUUGCAGCUCACGGGUCUUCUGUCUCUGGUGGCAGUGAAGAGGAACUUGAGACAACUUUGAGGAAGUGGAAUCUUUUGAAUAAUCUUCAAGGAGAAUUAUUUAAAACGGAGGGCUCUUCAGGAGAAUUGUCACCAGCUCUGCUCCCUCCAGUGCCACAGAAAGCCAUGGAAAUCAGUGUACGCAUUCCAGUAUCUUCAACUAAUUUAACCUCUCCACAAGAAGAAUCUUUGGAAAUCAUAAAUAGGAUUCCACAGAAAAAGAAGUCAAGUAGUUUGGAAGACUUGCAGAGUGAAUCCCUGGAAAAGUAUGUAGACGGAAAACCAGUACAGCCUGUUAUAGAACAAGAGAGUAAGCCACUUGUGAAAGGCAACAAGUAUCAAACCUUGCCAGGAAAGCUGCCCCGACCCUUACAGAACGGAGAGCAAGGAACGUACAGCUCGCCAGAUGGGUGCGGUGUGAACGACGAGGACAGCAGCAGCCUGAGCCUGAGAGAAACAGAAAAUGUGGAUGGUACAGUAGUGUCGGAUGACCUUUCACCUCUUUCUUCGGGAACAGAUUCGGGUCCACAAUCUCCAUUGUCUCCAGAAAACAGAAAGAGUCCAAAAGGGAUCAAGAAAAUCUGGGGAAAAAUAAGAAGAACUCAGUCAGGUAACUUCCCUGCAGACGAUCUGGGUUUGGCAGAGUUUCGAAGAGGCGGUCUCCGGGCAACAGCUGGGCCACGGUUAUCCAGAUCAAAGGAAACCAAAGGCCAGAAAAGUGACCACAACGCUCCGUUUGCUCAGUGGAGCACUGAAAGAGUCUGUAACUGGCUUGAGGACUUCGGUCUUGGUCAAUACGUCAUUUUCGCACGGCAGUGGGUGACCUCAGGCCACACGCUGUUAACUGCGACACCUCAGGACAUGGAAAAGGAAAUGGGAAUAAAGCAUCCACUGCACAGGAAGAAAUUAGUUUUGGCCAUUAAAUCAAUAAACACAAAACAAGAGGAGAAGUCUGCGCAACUCGAUCAUAUCUGGGUGACACGAUGGCUUGAUGAUAUUGGUUUACCUCAGUACAAAGACCAGUUUCAUGAAUCCAGAGUUGAUGGGAGAAUGUUGCAGUACUUAACUGUGAAUGACCUUCUCUUUCUGAAAGUCACCAGUCAGCUGCAUCAUCUGAGUAUUAAGUGUGCCAUUCACGUGCUGCAUGUCAACAGUUUUAACCCCCACUGUCUACGCAGAAGACCAGUUGAAGAGAAUAGCGUUUCGCCUUCUGAAGUAGUUCAGUGGUCCAACCACAGAGUGAUGGAAUGGCUCAGAUCAGUCGAUCUGGCAGAGUACGCACCAAACCUUCGAGGAAGCGGAGUGCAUGGUGGCCUGAUUAUUCUUGAACCUCGCUUCAACGGUGACACACUGGCAAUGCUGCUGAAUAUUCCACCUCAAAAGACCCUACUGCGACGCCACCUAACAACCAAUUUUAAUGUAUUGAUUGGACCAGAGGCACAACAAGAAAAAAGAGAAGUAACAGAGUCAACAGCAUACACAGCUCUGACCACCACUGCCAAAGUUCGGCCAAAGAAACUUGGAUUUUCACAUUUUGGAAACUUAAGAAAAAAGAAAUUUGAUGAAUCAACAGAUUACAUUUGUCCUAUGGAUACAAACCCAGCUGCUACGAAUGGUACUCAGAAAAACUAUGGUGGCUACAAAGGACUUAGUCCAUUCCCUGAUAGGGAACUGGAUCAGAUGGAACAUUCAGAAGGAACAGUAAUGCAAAUAGGGGCUCUUUCACAAGGCAUAAGCCAUCUUACGACAAUGUUAAGCCAAGAUGAAAUGCUGAAUGACAGCAGAUUUUUAACACCUACCUUUGAAGACUGGAGAUGAUAUUUCUACAUGACCAAGAACACUAAUCAUACCUCAUGCCUGUCCCGAGGGGUGGCCAGGAGAAGCUUGAUGCUGUAGUGCAGAAAAGCUUUACGUCUUUUCUGCCAAUGAAACUUGCCGCACAGCAUUUAAUCUUGUCGAUGUAGCAAGACAUUACAGGUAACUCUCCUCUGCACUAUUCUUCAUUUAAGUGUUGAGAGAGAAGUGGUUCUCAUAUCCAGUCUGGGAUGCCAAGACUGGCAGUACGUUUUACCUUUUGUUCAGUCGUCUUUUACAGGUUAUGUUUAUGUACUGUUACAUGAAAGAUCUUUUGUAAUUUUUUAUUUUUAUAACAAACUUGUAAUGCAGGAAUCAUUAACACUCUAUUUUACCAUGUGGACUAAUCAGAGCCACUUAGAAAUGCAGAUGGAUGCUGGUGAGUGCAGUAAGUACUACUGCAGUCCUGUCAGAGGCUGUUUCCCGUAAGAGGAUUUUAAUCUCAUCCCUCUCAUUAGCACAUGCCCUGCCCUCUUUUUGUCUAAGUGCGUGCAGUGUAGGAUGGGAAGAAUGGAACAUAAUACUGUCUGUCAACCCUGGCUUUUAUCAGAAGGAUGGCAAGGUGGCAUCUUCACAAAUCUUGACCUAACUGAAAACGAUGCUGAACAACUACAGCAGGAAAUGUAACUUAAACUGCCAGAAAAACUGACGGACUCAAAAGCUGGUGUUUCAUUUGAAGUGAUUUUUUUUUUUAAUCAUGUUAUUUUUACGUGUGUACUAAGAUGUUCACUGUCAAGGAGAAAUCACAACUAAUCUAACUUUAAGAACAGUGUUUGCUGCACUCUGUAGGGGGGAAGGGCAACAGAAUUUCUGGCAUGAUCCAUUGUUUAGUUUUAAAUGACAGUUCUUUAACUAGAAGUAUUGAAUUGGCUCUUUCUGUGCAUUGACAUUCUGUCUAAAAGGGCCAGCACUGACGCACAUGUGCAAGCAGCAGGAUCUCCAUACGCCUUCUGGACAGAGUGGUUCAGACAAAGUUUUCUGAGCCCCAUACCUAGUUGCUCUGAAAGAUGGUACUGGCUCUCAGGAAGCCAGGAAUGGUAAUAAGUCUAUUUUCUUUCAGUAGUCACACCUAAUUAAAUAUAUGGCUGCAAACAGUCCUGAGGACUGGAGAUUACAGUGGAAACACUUUUGUAACAUUUGCAUGAGAACUGGUGAUGUUGUAAACAAUAUUGCUGUUCACUUCCAGUUCCCUCUCCAUUCCAGCUACAGAUAGAUUUUCAUAGAAAAUUUAGCAAUAGGAGACAAACCUUACUGCUCUGUGAUGGGUAAAAUAUGACUCAGGGACAUCAAGCAAGUUCCAUAAUAAAACAAGUUAUUUGUUUCUUUGAAACCCCUGACAAAAUAAAUCUGUUGCUAUUCUGCUGAGCUAGGCAAGACUGCAGCACUGUAACAGAGGGAAAUACGGCCUCUUACUACUCCCCUGAGGCACCAUUGAAGGGUGGAAGGGUCUCCUUUACAGUUACUUGGGGCAGCUGUUGACGUGUGUCUCAUGGAUUAUUAAGGUAUUAACAUGGUAUCUUAGUAAAUAAGGAAAUGCCAGAAAAGAAAUCUUAAUUGUAAAGAAAAAACUUAGUAUAUAUAUGGAUGGUUUGUGUUAUUCUCUCCUUGCUGGCUGCAGGGUGUUGGUUUAAAGGAGCCUGAGGGCAGGUCACCCCCAGCUACAACCCUCCCAGGUGAAGGGGAAAUCUCUGGUACUCUCCAGAGCUAGCAGUGGCACUUUUUAAAGGUGACCUAUUCUAGUCCUCGCUCCAUGAGGGACACUACUCUGUAUGGUCAGAUUUUAAAAGCUAAAUACGUGAUUUAAUUGUCCAAAAUUAUAACACCAAGGCAUUUUUUUUUCAGUCACUGAACAAUUAAAUGAUAAUGGAAAAUCCAAAAGGUUGAGAAGUCAAUCUACACAUCAGCAAACCAAAAAUGCUUAAUAAAAGCUAUUAAAUAUACCAGUCAAGUCCAUCUCCAAUCAACACUAGUGACCAGAUCAUGUACUAAGGGCAUCUGAAAUACUUUGUCAGGUUAAUUAGCUAGCAAACUUAUUACAGCACUGCAAGUAGGAUAAGCUGCUCCAACAGAGGCAGCCUUAACAUCACUGGUAUAUUCCACUUGGAUGUUCAGAUUUCUUUUGAUGAUGUAUUUAUAACUCUGUGUUGUGCUAAUUUGGCUGUGAAUGGUCA